AUGAGCUCCAGCAGGUACAAGUUACCUGAGAUAGAUCUCAACGAGAUCCACGAUGAAAACCAUUUGGCGCCAGUGGUGAAAGCCAUCCUCUUGAAUCAUGACACAUUUGUGUUGAAAAAUCACGCCAAUAAAAAUAUAUUGGACUCUCUAGUGGAUACGCUUAAUGAUCAGGAGAUCCCCAACAGAGAAACGGAGUUCGAUGCCAACUUUACAGGUGUCUUAGCAGUUGAGGACAAUAUUCUCUUUGAGCAAUAUAUCUUCAACACAGAUGAUAGCCUGCCAUUCAACCGCGAGAUGGCCAAUGGGACGCUGAAAAGAUUGUACACGAGGCUCUUCAAACUGGGACUAUUUUUUGCUAAAAUCUGCCUCGAGAGCUUUGUGCCCGACGACGAAUACAAGCUAGAUGAGAAUAACUACUCGAGCGUGAUAAGCCGUUUUUUUAAUAACAGUCCUACGGGCUCACAAACCCUGCCGACGGGAGAGAUAUUUGAAUAUGCUCCCAGCCCCGAUUAUAGAGAGUUUCUGCCGACUGGUUUACUGACAGUAUUCCCCACUACCAAAGGUGUCAAAUUCAAACCUCCGACGUUUAGUGCUGACGAUAAUACGUGGGCAUCUUUUGAAGAUGAAGAUCGUCUUGUACUGCAUACAGGAUCGUUACUGGCGAGAUUGUCGGGGGGUAGGCAUACCACGUCGCCUUUGCACAUCUCGCCUGAUCUCAACGUUAUGCAUCUUACUGUGUCAUUACCAUUGAGUACUAUCAUUGAUAAUGAGGGCAAAAGACAUGUCGAUAUUUUACUACGUCAGCAGAUUCAAGAAUUACCCAAUGCAGCAUCUAUUUUCUAUCCACGACAAACCGCGUUAUUGCGCUUAGAAAGACAGAUCAAUCUUUACAAAGAAAUGUUUUCCGUAUGUGAAACCGUUCUAUCUUUAUAUUCUAUUUCAAGAUCGUCCGCUGUAAAGCCAGAGCUUUACUCGCUUUUGCCCCAGAUUUCUAAUAUGAUGAGGAGAAAAACCUCACAAGACGAUUUUCUAAGAAUGGUAUCAAUAUGGCCUCAAUCUUAUGUCAUUGAGGCAAACUCCAAAUGUGAGCUAACUGUCAAGCUGCCGAAUAAUAGUUCAUCCCUCGCUUUCACUAACAAGUCAAGGCGUUUACAAUACGUAGAAAAGGCAGAUGCAUGGUAUAACGAUAUGUGCAGGAAAGAAGUCAUUCCGAAUGGCAUACCCCUUUUGAAGAUCAAUAAAAGAAGGGGUAGUUCAGGUACCUUCAAUAGAAGUAGUGUUGAUAAUAUGAAAACAAAGGCUCGAAACUCUUCAAACAGACCUUUGUACUUAUCGAAUUCAAAAGAAAAAUAUAUGUACCCAGAGAAAAAGCAUGAUUCGCAAAUGAAUCUUCUUGAAAGAUUAAGAGAGAAGGAAAGACGAUCAGCCGCUUUACUAUCACAAAGGCAAAGACAGUAUCAACAGUUUUUAACCGUUAAAGUUAAUCAAGUAUUUGAUAUUUUGCAAUCCUUGCAAUGGGGUAAUCCAUAUACAGUCACCUACCUGAGUACAUUAAUCGUCGACAGCCUUGAAGACACGAAUAAUCCAAUUGGAUACAAAGAAGCCGAAGAAAUUCUUCUGAAAUUGCAAAAUUUACUCAAUGAUGAAAUUUCUGUUCAGACUGUUGAAGGUGGACUGAAAGUUUAUCGAUGGAAUACUUUGAAUAAGGAAAUACUUGCAUCAAGGAUUCAUCAAGAGGAAAUGGAUCAGUCACAAGAGUGA